AAGAAUAUUCUUUUACAUCCAAUAUUUCUGUGAAAUUGCACAUGCAUCAUUUAAUAUAUAUUGCCAAAGUUGGUAAGGAAGAACGAAUGUCAAGAAGCUGCACGUUGUUCAUCAUGUGGUCUCCCUUGUCACAGGUUUUGGAAACGAAAAGCGCUCGUCUAUUUCUCUCUGUGGGGGAAACAAGCAUCAAUCCAGGUUCUCAUAGUGGCUAGCUAUCUCGUAGAAGGGGGCUUUAAAAACCAUGAAGCCCUUAAACUUCGUCAAUAGCUUCGAUCCAUACGCAGCCCGACUAGAAGAGGCCAAGGCGCGAAGAAAGCGCUGCAUUAUCAUCUCCGCCAUAGCCACACUGCUGCUGCUCGUCUUGGUUCUAGGCAUAGGGAUUGGAGUCUCGGUCACCAGAUCCCACCAGAGGUCGGAGAGCUCUUCCAAUCGCCAGGGGGCAAACGCUGGAUCAUCCAACUCACUGCUCGCGCUUUGCAACAGGACGGCAUUUCCCCCAUCCUGCAUUUCCUCGCUCUCUGGCUAUCCCGACGCUCCAGGCGCCAAUCCCAAGAAGCUAGCUCUGCUUGGAAUCACAGCCGCGGUGGAGGAAGUGAAGAGAUCCCUGGCUCUCGUCCACAACAUCUCCAGCGAGCUGGAAACCCAGACCAAUCUCGUCAACCUCACCACCAUGGACGCACUGGGCGACUGCUCCGACAAUCUUCUCGACUCACUCGACCACCUGGAUCACUCCAUGUCGGAGCUCGACACCCUCGACCUCAAAUCCUUUCGGGGCUUCUCGCCGUCCAUGGAGAACAUCCAUACCUGGCUCAGCUCGGCGCUCACAUUCCACACCACCUGCGCCGACGCGAUCGACAGCGAGCGGCAGCAGGAGAAGCUGUUGCCACUGCAAGCAAGAUCCGAGUACGUCCAGGAGAUCCUCACGAACGCUCUCAGCUUCUUCGUCGCGUUCAAGGCCCUCUUGGACAAGACCUUCCCGGGAACUCCAACAAGAAGGAGAUUGCUCAGCUCGCCGCCACUGAGCUCUCUCCCAGAGUGGAUCACAGAUGCCCAGAGGCGGCAUUUGCUGCAACAAGGGGGUUCCAGCGAGAUGGCGCCCGCAAAUGCCAUUGUCGCGAAAGAUGGCAGUGGUCAGUUCGUGUCCAUUCAAGAGGCGAUUGACGCGGCACCGCUCAAGAGCCGCACAAUGCAUGUGAUAUACAUAAAGCAGGGGAUUUAUGACGAGGCAGUGGUAGUACCCAAGGCAGUGACUAAUCUCGCCUUCCUGGGCGAUGGAAUUGACAAGACGAUCAUCCAGGGCCAAAGAAGCGUCGCUGGAGGCUCCACCACCUUUGGCUCUGCCACCCUCGCGAUCAAUGGGCGAGGAUUCGUUGCCAGCCACUUAAGCGUACGAAACCUGGCCGGACCCAAAGGACGCCAAGCAGUGGCCGUCCGGGUGAGUGGCGAUCAAGCAGCCUUCUACCGGUGCUCCUUCAAUGGCUACCAGGACACCCUGUACGCUCACUCGAGCCGGCACUUCUACAGAGAAUGCGUUGUCUCCGGGACCGUCGACUUCAUCUUUGGAAACGCUGCAGCAGUCUUCCAACGGUGUAACAUCCAGGCACUGCUCCCGGAUCCUGGCCAGAAGAUCAUGAUCACGGCGCACGGCCGCGUCACCGAUCUCCAAAACACGGGCUUUAGCUUCCAUGGCUGUCGAGUGGAAGGCUCCGGUCGGCUGGUGGCGCAGAGUCACAGAUUCCCUGCGUACCUGGGGCGCCCCUGGAAGGACUACGCCACCACCGUCUUCAUGCAGUCGGACAUCGGGGGGAUAAUCUAUCCGGCUGGCUGGAGCGAGUGGGAAGGAGCACCGCUUCACAGAUACAAGACCGUCUUCUUUGGCGAGUACCUCAACACCGGAGCAGGCGCGGCUCAAUCAGGCCGAGUGUACUGGAGCGUUCCAAGCCUCACCAUGGACCAGGCCCGGCAGUUUACUGUCGGGAAGCUCAUAUCUGGUCUCGACUGGCUGCCUUACAGUGGAGUCGUCUUCGCCAAUAAUCUCAGGGCGAGGAGACUAGCGAAGCUUUAUAAGUUUGAUGUAGCCCUGGAACUGUCCGUGGGACUCUUGAAUAUAGCUGCUGCAGCAAGCGCUGUAGCGGCAGCAGCAGCAGCAGCAGCAGCACAUAAGACAAUUCCCACACGUCCCAGCGAGCCACCCAGCCAAGUUAUAACGUUUCCAUGUGCUUGCGAGAAAGAAAGCUGUGGUGGAUUGGGACCUCGCACUAUUUGCGGCACUGUCGCAGGGCGGGCUGUUUUUCAGUUGUAUGAGUGUGUGUGCCUUGGUGAUGCAUUGCUCGCUGGUGAGGUGAUGGCUUCUUCUUCUUCUCCUUCUUUCUCGUCGUCUCUACGCAACCACAACGUUGUUUCCUCCUCCUCUUCCUGCUGCUCCCGCUACUGCUUAAGAAAUCUAGUCUUCCUCCUCUUCCUCCUCUGUGCAGCUAAUGUUGUGACUGCCAGUGGUGAUGAUGAUCGCGGCAGGAACUUGGGAGCAAUGAACACCACCGGGAAUAUCAGCCUAGUGUGCCAGGCAACCCAGUUCCCCGACGUUUGCUACUCGUCGCUGGUGACAAGUCCUGGAGCAACCAAUGCCAAGUAUUCCCAGCAGCUCGUCGGCAUCUCAAUCACCAUCGCCUACCAAGGCGUGAACGAGAGCGACGCCUUCGCCGACCAGCUCAUCCAGGAGUCCGCCUCCGACGUAAGUGUCAAGGGCAUCGCUCGGGACUGCAAGGACCUUCUCACGUCCUCCAAGUUCUGGCUCCAGGAAUGCGUCGACUCCGACCUGGACAAGCAAGUCCAAGACAUGCAGCAAUGGCUCAGCGGGGUUCUCACAUAUCAGACCGACUGUACCUCGUCGCUGUCCGUCGUAAAGAAGACCAAAUUCAUCAAGAAGAUGAUGCACAAGCUCGAGUCUGUCGCCCGUCUCAUCAGCAAUGCCUUGUCCAUGGUUGAUGCCUUCGCCUCUUACGGUUCCAAUCCACAGCACUGGAAACGCCCGACUCUCCACAAGCGAAAGCUGCAAGCUUCUCUGACUUCUUCUUUCUUCUCGGUCGAUACCACGAGCAAUUCAGCCCCGUCCUGGCUGGGAAUGCACGAUCGUCGCCUUCUCGAAGCCCCCGCUUCACUGAUCUCUCCCUCGGCAAUUGUCUCCCGCACGCCGGACCAGCCGCAGCUCACCAUCUUCACCAGCAUCCAAGCGGCCGUCGACCACGCGCCAAACCACUGCACCGCCCGCUACGUGAUUUACAUCAAAGCCGGUGUCUACCCCGAGAACGUGAGGAUCCCGCUCCAAAAGUCGAUGCUCAUGUUCGUGGGCGACGGGAUGGACAAGACCAUCAUCCGGGGGAGUAUGAGCGUGUCCAAAGGCGGCACCACGACGUUCGCGUCGGCAACACUCGCUGUGAACGGCAAAGGCUUCCUGGCCCGUGACUUAACAGUGGAGAACACCGCGGGACCCGAGGGCCACCAGGCAGUAGCUCUUCGCGUGGACAGUGAUAUGUCGGCCUUCCACAGCUGCUCGAUCCUAGGCUACCAGGACACCCUCUACGCUCACACCUUCCGCCAGUUCUACAGGGACUGCCGCAUCGAAGGUACCAUCGAUUUCAUCUUUGGCAAUGCCGCGGCUGUGUUGCAGAACUGUCUCAUCCGCGUCCGCCCUGGCAACCCGGGCGUGAUCCUCAGCACCGUCACCGCGCAAGGCCGCCUCGAUCCGGCCCAGUCCACCGGCCUCGUCUUCCAAAACUGUACCGUCAAUGGCACCGAGGAGUACAUGCGCGGCCUCCUCGCCGAGCCGCGCAAGCACCUCGCCUACCUGGGCCGCCCCUGGAAGCUCUACUCGCGGACGAUCUUCCUCCACACUUACAUGGAAUCGCUCGUCCGGCCCGAGGGAUGGCUGCCCUGGGAUGGAAAUUUCGCCCUCGCCACGCUCUACUUCGCGGAGUACCUCAGCUGCGGCCCCGGCGCCAGCGCCUUCUCGCGCGUGCCCUGGUCGACGCAGCUCAGCAUCGCCGAUGCCCUAGGCUACACCGUCCAGAGCUUCAUCCAGGGCGAUUCCUGGCUCCCAUCCACGAACAUUCCCUUCUUCCACUUCAUCUAGGAUCGAUCCAGCGCGAGCAGCGAUGCCGAUCGAGCGAGGAGCGGUCGGCGUCCUCGGCGCGGCAAUGCCCCCGCAUUUUCCAUGUAAACGAAUCUACACGACCUAAUAGAAUAUGCUAGAGACCA